CUCAGCGCGCAUGUUCCCGGAAGUGCUCACCGUUUGACCCGGAAGUGCUCGCGUUGAUUCGUGACACGUCGCACCGGCAGCGUGAGGGGAGGAGGGGCCGCCAGGUAUUUUUUGCAAUGUCUGGGUUUGAUGGCUUCAAUACGGAUUUCUACCAAACCAGCUACAGCAUCGACGACCAGACACAGGCCUACGAUUACAGCGGGAGCGGAGGAGCCUACAACAAACAAUAUAGUGAUUAUGAGUACUCUCAACAAAGUGGAUUUGUCCCUCCAGAGAUGAUGCAGCAACAGCAACCUUACACAGGGCAGAUUUACCAGCCAACACAAACAUACACUCCAACUACAGCACAGUCAUUCUAUGGAAGCAAUUUUGAGGAUGAACCCCCACUGCUAGAAGAAUUAGGGAUUAAUUUCGACCACAUCUGGCAGAAGACGCUAACGGUACUACACCCAUUAAAAGUAGCAGAUGGCAGCAUCAUGAAUGAGACUGAUUUGGCAGGACCAAUGGUCUUCUGUCUAGCAUUUGGAGCCACAUUAUUGCUGGCCGGUAAAAUUCAGUUUGGGUAUGUGUAUGGAAUUAGUGCAAUUGGAUGUUUAGGAAUGUUUUGCCUCCUGAACUUAAUGAGUAUGACGGGCGUCUCAUUUGGCUGUGUUGCCAGUGUCCUGGGAUACUGUCUCCUUCCUAUGAUCCUGCUUUCAAGUUUUGCAGUUGUGUUUUCUUUGCAGGGGAUGAUGGGAGUUAUUCUCACUGCUGGAAUUAUUGGAUGGUGCAGUUUUUCUGCUUCCAAAAUCUUCAUUUCUGCCUUAGCAAUGGAAGGACAACAGCUUCUAGUAGCAUAUCCCUGUGCUUUAUUAUAUGGAGUUUUUGCCCUUAUUUCUGUGUUUUGAAUCGACUAUCCUGGCUAUCGGACUUUGAUGAGCCAAACUGAGAACACCACCUUGGAACACGUAAUUGGACCAACAUAUAGCUACGCUGUUGCUGUCAUGCAAACUUAACUCCUGAAUAGCCUGGAGCAGAGGAAACAAAUGCGUCUUGUGUUCACUUUUAUAGGACUUUUGAAUACUCUUUUGAAUUGACCUGCAGUGUCUGUAGCUUUAUAAGUGUUCAUGCGUAUACAGUUAUAAAUGUAGUAUUUCUUUUCCAUUCCUACAUCCUUUAGCAAAGUAAUUUUUGUUUGGUCUUUUUUGUUUGUUCAGUUCUUGGAGGGAGGGGUUGCAGUUAUGACAUAACAGAUAAGUUUUUAUUGGCAAAAGUAAAGAAAACUAUAGACAUUGUAGGUUCUUUUUUGAAUAAAACUGCAGUGAUUAAAACCUCA